AUGGGUUUUGCAGAGCAGAGCUGGCCCCUGCCAUCACGGGCUCCUCCCAGAACCUGGCUUCCAAAGCCACCGAUCGCCCCUGCCCCUACGGAGGAGCUGCUGCGGAGCCAGCUCUACCCCGAGGUGCCCCCCGAGGAGUUCCGGCCUUUUCUGGCGAAGAUGCGGGGGAUUCUUAAGUCUGUUGCAUCUGCAGACAUGGAUUUCAACCAGCUGGAAGCAUUCUUGACUGCUCAAACCAAAAAGCAAGGAGGGAUCACAUCUGAUCAAGCUGCUGUCAUUUCUAAAUUCUGGAAGAGUCACAAGACAAAGAUCCGAGAGAGCCUGAUGAACCAGAGCCGCUGGGACAGUGGGCUUCGGGGCCUAAGCUGGAGAGUUGAUGGUAAAUCACAGUCGAGACACUCAGCUCAGAUACACACCCCUGUUGCUAUAAUGGAGCUGGAAAUAGGGAAAAGUGGACAGCCUCCUCUUCCGCCGCCAUCUCAAGAGCCAUUGGUUGGCUGUGCAGCUCCAGGGCUGGCAGCAUGGAGAGGCCCGGAUCUGCCCACUGCCAUCCCAGUUAUUGACCCAGGAGUGAGGGUGGAGGUUGGGACUCUGCCUGGUGCCACAGCAGCCAGCAUCUACCUACUUGACACCUGCGGGGGGCUACAGAGUAUGCAGACUGGGGUUCACCUGCCGGCCAUGUACGAGAGGAAGUAUUCAGCAGCUAAAUCCAGUACUGAAAGAAAAAAGGAAAAGGUUCUUGCUACUGUCAUAGAACCAGAAUGGUGGUAUCUAAGUGGUAAAAUUUUGGAAAAUGUCUAG